ACUAUUAGAACACGCUUCACGGUUGAAAAUAGGCCCAACCUGCGCAAGUUCGCGACUUCGACCUUAAGCACCCGCACAACUCCAUACCAAGAAGUUUUCAUAUUGGCCUUACUUGUGUAUAUUGUUGUACCAGUGCUCCAGGCGUCGGCACCGCCCGCGCGACGGAGAUGCGCUAGGCACAACUAGGCUUGCACUUUGAAGGAGGCACCAGGGCACCAGGGCACCCCAAAGCAGCAACACCAAUGAAGAAGCUCUUUGGAGUUGGACCGGACCUCCUAGGCGACGGCAAAGUGCUCUUCGAAUGGAGUCCCAAGGGGAAUUUCCUAGCCGCGGCGGGCAGCAAGAGGAAGGUCAACAUUUUCGACCGGAACGGGCGCCUCUAUGACGAGGUGCACUUCCCGCCUGCGGAGUACCCGAACCCAGACGGGAGAGCAUGCGCAGCGGCGCAAAUGCAGUGGGACCCUGCCGGCGAGCAGCUGGCUAUCCUGCCGGCGGGCAACACGCAUGUAUUUAUUUGGCUGGCCGGGAACAAGGAGGUGCAGAAGAUCGAGUCUGAGUUCAAGACCCAGGAGUUCUCCUGUAUGGCCUGGUCGCGCAACGGCAUGUACCUGGGCGUGGCCACGGUGAAGGGCAACGUCAUGAUGUACAAUGCCCGGGAGCGGAAGAAGACGCCGCUGGUGGGCAAGCACACGAAGAAGAUUGUGGCUGCCGCCUGGAACAAGGACAACAUCAUGGCGCUGGCGGGGCAGGACAAGACCGUCACGCUGACGGACGGCGUCACGGGCGACACCAUCAAAACUUUCCACCUCAAGGACGUGCCCAUGGACCUGUGCGUGUCUGACAAGAAGGAGGACGGCUACUCGCGGCGAGAGGAGAACACCUACUCGCUCAACAUCAAUCGGAAAACGCUGUACAUCAUGCAGUGCACUGCCGAGGGCGACCGGCCGCUGGAGCUGGCGUUCCUGGACACCUACGGCCCCAUCAUGAAGCACAGCUGGUUCGGCGACGGCUACAUUCUGCUGGGCUACAAGAACGGCUACGUGGCGGUGGUGUCCAGUCACAGCCGCGAGAUCAGCGAGGAGGUGCACUCCGGGAAGUACCUGGACACGUUGACGGACGUGACCUACUGCGCCAGCCUGGGCCGCGUGGCCAUGGCGGGCGCCAACUGCGUGCGUGUGCUGGACGCCAACGCCGACUACAACGAGAUCAAGGGCGACGCGGUGGACCUGGACGCAAACCAGGCCAUCGAGAAGGUCGGCUGGACCAAGGACGGCCAGGUGCUGACGGUGGGCACGCACAAUGGCUACAUGCAUUCGUUCCUGGCCUCGCUACCCAUGGUGUACGACUUCCACGGCACCCGCGUGCUGUACCUGACCAGCUUGCUGGAGAUGACGCUGCUGGACGUGAGCCGGCGCCAGACCGUGGCGCGCAUUGAGCUGGAGAACGAGCCGGCGUUCUGCGGGCUGGGCCCCUCACACGCGGCGGUGGGCAUGAACAACCAGGCCGCGUUCUACAGCCUGGGCGAGAAGGUGGGCAAGGUGGUGCAGCGGCGCGAGUACCUGGGCACCAUCACCGCCAUCAAGCUCAACGAGACGCAGGCUGCGGUGCUGACGGGCGGCCACGUGGUGGUGCACCCCAUCAGCGUGGAGGCGGGCCACGCCCCCGACGAGCUGGACGUGGUCAUCCCGGGCCCCGGCCAGCCCGCCAACAUCACGUGCGUGGCGCUCACGCCCACCUUCGUCAUCACCGGCAGCCGCACCGGCACGCUGUCGUACUACCUCAGCCCGGACGUGACGCCUGUCAACGAGUUCCGCCACGACGACGGCGGCAUCGUGCGGCUGUUCCCUCAGGCCACGGGCGCGCGGCUGGUGUUCGAGGACGACAAGGGCGCGCUGCACCUGUUCAACCCCGUGAACGACCACGUGGUGGCCGUGCCGUACACCGGCCGCGCCGAGACGGUGAUGUGGGACACGUCCGACACCAACGUCAUGGUCAUUGGCGACGGCACCGCGCUGCACUCCUUCCUCUACGUGCCCGUCAGCCUGACGGGCCCGCAGGUGCAGGACCUGGGCAAGCAGGCGGUGCCGGCCACCCACACGCCGCUAACGGUGUGCAACGGGGUGGUGGGCUGCCGCCUCAAGUCCGGCGCCAUGGACAAUGUGACGCUGGAGAGCCACAAGAUGCUGCAGCCCGGCGACGCCGUGGCGCGCGCUGCGCCCGCCAAGCGCUUCGCGGCGGCACUCAAGCUGUACAAGCUGCGCGACGCGGUGGAGUGCGCCAAGCAGCUGCGGCAGGUUGAAUCGUGGCGCACGCUGGCUCUGGCGGCUCUGGACGUGUUGGACAUCGACACCGCCAUCAACGCCUACCGCGAGAUCGGCGACGCCAGCAUGGUGCUGUCGCUGGAGCGCGUGCGCCAACACGAGGACCGCAACCUGCUGUCCGCGCACAUCAUGGUGCUUCUGGAGAAGGACUACGGCCAGGCGCAGGAGCUGUUCUUGCGAUCCUCGGUGCCGCGCGCGGCGCUGGAGAUGCGCAUGGAUCUGAAGCACUGGACGGACGCGCUCAAGCUGGCGGAGCAGCUGGACCCCGACGCCAUCGCCACCAUCUGCAAGGAGCAUGGAGCCAUGCUGGAGAUGACGGGCGAGUACAGUAACGCCAAGUCGCACUACCAGCAGGCGCUGGACGCGCUGGCGGUGAGCGUGGGCCCGGCGCAGCCCGAUCUGGAGGCGGCGUGCAAGGCCGGCAUCGCGCGCACCACGCUGCAGCUGGGCGACCUGCGCCAGGGCCGCCAGCUGGCCAUGCAGCUCAACUCGCAGACGCUGUUCAAGGAGUGCGCCCUCAUCCUGGAGGGCCUGCAGCAGCUCACGGAGGCGGCCGAGAUGUACGAGCGGGCUGGCCAGUUCGAGCGCGCCGCCAGCAUCUACAUCCAGACCAAGAACUUCGCCGCGGCCGCGCCGCUCAUGGCCCGCAUCAGCUCCUCCAAGCUGCAGCUGCAGUUCGCCAAGGCCAAGGAGGCCGAGGGCCGCUGGCAGGAGGCCGCCGCCGCCUACGAGGCCGCCGGCGACAUGGACGCGGUGGUGCGGCUGUGCCUGGAGCGGCUGAGCCAACCGCAGCGCGCCUACGCCAUUGUGCGCAAGACGCAGAGCGUGGAGGCCGCCAACCAGCUCAGCCGCUUCUGCCUGCAGAGCCAGGACUUUGGCGGCGCCGUGGAGUUCCUGCUCAUGGCGGGCCAGAUGGACCAGGCGUUCGACAUCGCGAUGGGGCACAACGAGAUGGACACGUUUGCGCGCAUCGUGGCGGCGUCCGCCAAGCCCGUGGACUACCAGCGCAUCGCGCAGUACUACGAGAGCCGCGGCGAGUACGACAAGGCGGCGGACAUGUGGAGCAAGUGCGACCAGGCGCCGCGCGCCGUGCAGCUGUACCUCAAGGUGGGCACGAACCCGGCUCUGGAGAAGGCGGUGCAGGUGGUGGAGCAGACGCGCAGCCACCAGCUAGGCGUGCUGGUGCUGGACUACGUGAACGAGGAGAAGGACGGCACCACGCGCGACGAGUUCCGCUUCAAGCUCAACAUCGCCAUGGGCCAGUUCGCGGAGGCGGCGCGCGAUGCGCUGGAGAUGGCGCGCUUCGAGCAGGAGGAGGGCAACUACAGGGUGGCCCACGACAAGCUGUUCGGCACGGUGAAGCAGCUGGAGGCGCUCAACACCAAGCCGCCCGGCGAGCUGCUGCGCGCGCUCAUGCUGCUGCACAGCUACACGCUGGUCAAGUCGCUCAUCGCCAUCAACGACCACACCACCGCGGCGCGUAUGCUCGUGCGCGUGGCGCGCAACAUCUCGAAGUUCCCCAAGCACAUCGUGCCCAUCCUCACCUCCACCGUCAUCGAGUGCCACCGCGCCAACCUCAAGAAGACGGCCUUCGAGUAUGCGUCCAUGCUCAUGCGGCCCGAGUACAGGGACCAGGUGGCGGUCAAGUACAAGAAGAAGAUCGAGCUCAUGGUGCGGAAGCCGGAGAAGGACCCCGAGGAGCUGGAGGAGCCGCUGGCGGACUGCCCCUUCUGCAACAUGCCCGGCCCCGAGACCGAGCUGCAGUGCAUCAGCUGCCAGAACAUCCUGCCCUUCGACCUCGCCACCGGCAAGCGCAUGGUUCUGUCGGACUGGGCGGAGUGCCCGGGCUGCAAGUUCCCCGCUUCGGCCUCGCAGUUCAUCCGCAUCAUCAGCGCCGAGGGCCGCUGCCCCAUGUGCAACGACCCCGUGGACCUGGCGCACGUGCGCAAGGUGCAGGACCCGCUCACCAAGAUCAAGCAGCAGCAGGCGCAGCAGACCAACGCCUCAGGUGGCGGCGCGUCGUAAGCGGGGUGAUGGAGCGGCUCGAGCGGCUCGAGGGGAUGGAGGUGGAUGGGGGUGGUGGUUGGUAGGGAAAGGGUGAGAGCAAUGGGCCAGGCGGUAAGGGUGGACGUGGCUGGGCGCUCAUGAAGGCAGCACGUUGGUUCUGCGAGUGCGGGGAAGGGUUCGGGUGUGUGAUGACCCGCGGGGAAGGAAGCGAAAGGUUGAUUGCAUGACGUUUGGCCACUGCGGCAGAGGUAUACAGGUGAACACGCGCAGGCAUGCAGGCUGAGCAGCCGUGUUCUGAGCUGCGAAGUAGCAGGUCACUACGGCCAUGCCGUGCAUACAUUGGAUAGCGUGCUAUGAGCCGAUACAGACAUGCGACUGAUCUUUGAACGUGAGCUGUCGUAUGCGUGACAUGCGUGGAUGGGCUCGGCGCUGCGAGAGGCGCUGCUCCCUAGAGGUGCGACAGGAAAGGAAGGGCCGGACCUCAAAACACAACUGAAGUCAGUAGCUGCGCGGCGGGGCGGAGCAUGUACAUACCAUACCAAUCCUGCUGUAAGCUGUGACCUCC